AUGGUUCAUUUUAAUCCUGAUCAACCUUUCAAUGAUCCUUCGUUUAUGGGAAUGCCACCUAAUUUUAAUUAUGGAAAUGGAAUGUUUCUAUAUCCACCAACCGAUAUGAGAUUGAUGCAACAACAAAAAAAACCGCUACCACCAAUUCUUUCUCGUAUACCUAGUCUUCAUUUGCCUGCAAUUAUUUUAUUUACUUUCUGUUGGAUACUGCAUGGAAUAGCAACAUUUCUUCCAUAUUGGUCAACCUAUUCUGGAAUAUCUGAUUCUCGAGCAGGUCUUUGGAAUGCUCGAAAUUUCAAUUAUUCCACAAUACAAAAUUUUUAUUUUCCAGAAACAACUGAUUUUCCAAAUUUAACUAAUUCAAUUGAUUUUUCCACUGCAAACACAAAAGGAUAUUUAAUAACUGUACAGUUUUUAAUGACAUUCAAUUUCUCGUUGACGCCAAUUAUACUUGUUUUAUUAAUCGUUGAUUAUAUUUUUUCUCUAAAAUUGACAAGUAAAAGUCGCUGUUUUCUUAUCCGAGAUUAUAAUACAUCUGAUACAGCUAUUAAAUAUGCACUUCUUCUCUAUAUUAUUUAUGUAUUCGAUAUAUUUGAAUUCGCAGCAUGGAUAACAUAUCUUAGUUCACGACAUGAUAAUAAUUGGAAUAUGCAUAUUUCAUUUGCAUUUACUGUUAUUGUUAGUGCAUUGAUGAUAAUUGUUUUUAUUAUGUAUGCUAUUGAAUUUAUGAAAACCUUUACAAAAAGUCGCUUGAAUUGGGAUCGUUGGUAUGGUCCGUAUGCAGAAUGGGCCUUUUUCGUAUUUCUAUCUGCAUUACUUUUACUUCUAACUGUGAUUUGUUGUCCUGAGUGGGCUUAUGCAAAAUAUGAUCCAUUGUUUGUUUUUGCUGAAAUCGGUCUUUUCAAACAAUGCUACUUAUCAUCGUUAUAUAAAAAGACUAUUUCAAGUAAGAUUUGUACAUUAUCUGACCUUGCAAGUAAUACAUCAUGGGUUAAUGCAACACAAGCAUUUAUGUUGAUGGCUUAUAUUUUCGGCAUGAUUAUACUAGUCGCUAUUGUUUAUUUUCGAAAAGAAUUUCGUCAUAAAGAAAAUGGCUAUUAUUCUAAACGUUGUAAACAACCAACAUUUACAUAUAUCAUCGCAGGGUUUAUACUCUUCUUUUGUUUUAUUUUUUCGUUGAUUGGCGUUGCAGUAUUUGGUGGUAAAGUAUUUUCGUUACCAUUGAACGUGAAUUGGGGAUAUAUACUUGCUGUAAUUGCUAUGACACUUUUUCUUGUUGCUGGCAUUUUAUUCAUUUUAGAUGGCAUCCAUAGUGGGAAACAGACAGCUAAAGUAGGUUUUUCAACGGCUAGAAAGUUAAUCUUUCCAGCACCCUUAAACCAUCGUGUAUUAGCGAUGCAACCAUUACUACGAAAAGAGCCUACUGGCUCACUAACAACACCGUUUUCAACCAUUCCACCAUUACAGUUAAAUGCAGUAGCUCCACAAUUUUCGCAACAAAUACCACCAUUUUAUUUUCCUGAACAAGCCAUGUAUCCUAUGGUAAAUUUUGAUAAUACAUCAUUCUAUUCGCCAGAACAAAUGGCGAUGAUGUCACCAAAUUAUGGUAUGGGACCAUAUUCAGCAGCUCCAUUCACUCAAGCAGUUCUAACUGAGUAUAUUCGACAAAUGGAAAAUAAUCCUCGACAAUCAUCAUUACCAAAUAAUCAAGGUCUAAUGAAUCAUUCGAACGGUAGACCGUCGCCAUUGCAAAAUAAUAUUUCUAAUGAGAGCAAUCUAAAUGGUAUAGUGCGUCUACAUCUUUUACAACAACAACGUUUACAUUAUAAUCAUGAGCGUCUACUUGAAAGAUACACUCGUGUUCUUCAACCACGUUUAUCUGAAUUUCGUACAUUCGGUACAAGUUCUUUACAUGGUCGUAAUUAUGAUGAACAUUUGCGUACACUACGCAAUGAUAACUAUCAUGAAGAUUCAUCAAUUGCAAUGUCACGAGCAGGUAUUGGCUCAUCAGAUGAAAUAUAUCGUUGGAUAGGUGAUGAGUCGUAUGAAGCUCUACCUAGAAAUAUUGAUUCAGCAAUACAAUACACUCGAAAUGAAUCUAUGCCAUAUGUUAAUGCAGAAAAUUUUGAAACUGUUGAAGUAUCAAAAUUCAGCUUUGAUUAA